AACACCAAAAGUCAGUCGAUGAUGGGCCGCGAUACUUGAAACAUCCGUCGUGUGAUCGGUGUCGUCGUCGCAGUUUGUGAGCGAUCGGAGGGAAAUUGUAACAGCGACUUUGGGCAUCCUUAACAAGUGAUUCUAGUAUUUGGAACUCUGUGAAGUCUGAUUGCAUUCGAAGAAACGACAGUCAUUUUGGGAGCAUAUGCUGGACAUAUGUACGUGACAAUGCUUAAAAUUUUCAAUUGGAUCCAGUUUGGUAAGACGCACGCCGUGAUCGCGAUGUUUUUGAAUCCGAUGAAAUUUAUUUAAAUGAAGGCGAGGGAGGAAGUAUUGACAGUUGGUCCAUUUCUAUUCAGCUUCGUUUCAGUCAGUGGUUAGAUACAAAACAAAGAGUUUGUUUAUCCGGUUUACUAGCCGCAAGUGAAUAAUGGUAGCGUGAAUUUAAUCGACCUGAACCGACGACGACGGAUGAGAAAAGCAAAAGCAACAGCAGCCGUUCACAGUAAUGUGGUUUCCGAACUACAACAGCGUGUGCCAAAAGCUGCAUAGAUUAGUCUAAAUAACGACCGGUUGAACAGGUUGACUGCCAAAAAAAAUUCGCCGGUUUUUUGUUUUUCACCCACGAAAGAAUGCUUCAUACGAUAAUUAGUGUUCACCGAAAUCUGCAGUCUAUCACCAGAUGAAAAGUGUGUUCAAGUGACGAAACGAUCAAAUCGAUACUAGCGAUAGGAAAUAGUGUACAACCCUCGAUAUGAAGUUACGGGCAGAAGUUUGGGCGCCAACGAUGGCGUUCACCAUUAUUGUCCUUGUUGGAGUGAUUUUCAGUGUUCCUGGAGCGCUAGGAUAUCUGGAAGAUCGACCUCCGGUUUACUUGGAAGCUAAAGUUGGAUCCUAUGUGGUGUUCAACUGUCCAGUGGAUUUUCCCAAAAAUGAUCCGAUCCCGUAUGUGCUGCAUUGGAAUAAGGAUAACAAACCCGUAUUCACUCUGUACGAUGGUGUCCUAAAUUCCUACGGAUCGUUUAUCGGCCGGGUAACGUUGCUGAACAACGAUGCCGUUUAUGGCAAAGCUUCCCUCAACUUAACCUCGAUUCGUGAGAGUGACAACGGAUGGUAUGAAUGCAAGGUGAUCUUCCCGAAUCGAGUCCCCAACAAACGGAACAACGGAACCUGGUUCCACAUAUCAGUGCUGGGUGGCACACUUUUGAAAAUACCCCCGGUAAAUUCAACCGUAAUGGAAGGUGAUGCUGCCUUCUUCCAUUGUGUAGCUCAGAAUAUUGAAACCAUGUUUAUCGAAUGGUAUAAGGACAAUGUCUCGCUUCUGGAGAUGUACGACCUAAUACACCGAUCGACCUUUGGCCCCGAUGGAAGUCUGACUAUUAAUCCUACACAGAUGAGCGAUCUUGGGUUCUACAAAUGCGUGGUACGUAACGUCCUCAACGAUACGCAAGAUGCUACGGCGUUUUUGAAUGUUCAGUACAAAGCUAAAGUAAUAUAUGCCCCGAAGGAAGUCUAUCUACCGUUUGGUGAUCCGGCGGUGUUGGAUUGUCACUUCCGGUCCAACCCGCCGUUGACAAAUCUACGCUGGGAGAAGGAUGGUUUCUUGUUUGAUCCAUACAACGUGCAGGUAAGCGAGGAACCAGAGGACAACAUUCUCAGACCGACAAAUACUGCAUUUCAGGGUGUGUACUACAAACGCAACGGAAGCAUCUACUUCGAGAAGGUCGAUGACUCCCAUGCCGGAAAGUACUCGUGCACCCCAUACAACGAUCUGGGAACGGAUGGACCGUCGCCGAUUAUCCAGGUGGUUGUUCAGAAGCCACCGAAGUUUACCUUGAAACCGAAAUUGCUGUACGUGACCAAGAUAGGAUCAUCGGUAGAGAUGCACUGUGAUGCGAAGGACCGGGACGGGAUGCAUACGCCACAGAUCAGCUGGAUCAAGAGAGACGGAAGUCUGCUUCCCCACGGAAGGUAUCAGGUUAACGGAGGAAACAUUACCAUCGAAAACAUUGUCGAGGCCGAUCGAGGGAUCUACGCUUGCCAGGCCACAAAUGAAGCGGCCACCAUCUAUGCCGAUGCAGAAAUCAUGAUUGAGAACGUUUCACCACGAGCACCUUACAAUCUGACGGGAAACAGCACCGAUACGGCUAUCACACUAAGGUGGGCUCCAGGAUACAUCCGGCAAUAUCUGGAGUACAUCAUCUGGUAUCGACUAGCGGAGGCACCCGAGUGGAGAACCUUCAAGGUUAGCAAUAAGCAUACGAUGGAGGCUACUAUCACAAAUUUGCAACCAGCCAAGGAGUACGAGUUUAUGGUACUUUGCCAGGAUAGCUACGGAGACGGGAUGUUCAGCAAGGCCUUCCGAUAUUUCACAAAGCCAAAGGAAUUCGAACAACCGGAAACGUUCCAGGAUACGCUGCUCCAGUUUAACCAAAUCGGAUCCCCCAUGAACCUCACGAUUGAGAAGAAACACGGAAACUACGAAGCCCGGUGGCUUCCGCCAGAGCUCGGGCUGGAUCAACUGCGGUUCUACAUUCUGCGGUGGUGGAUCGAGCCUCAGCAUAAACUUCACGGAAGCAUAACGACCCCCGAGAAUAGCUUGAUUCUUGAAAACCUGGACGAGGACGAGAUGUAUACGUUCCAGGUAUUUGCGUUGUCUACCACAAACUAUACCAGCGGAAGUAACGAAGUCGAGAUGUACAUCUAUCCGUAUCGGAAGGUCAAGGUGAUGACGGUUGGUGGAGCCUUGUUGUUGAUCAUCUGCCUGGCAGUGAUAUCGAUGCUGCUUUAUAUGAAAAGGAACCGAAUCAAAAAGCUGCGAGAGGCAGAAAACGUUAAGAUUUAGGAGAAGCUUCUAGAGUACCUUAGCGGGAGAAUUAGAAAGUUGCAUCAAAGAAUCUAUCGUAAACCACUCUCUGUUCAAUAGCUUGUAGAGCACGGAAUCGCUGUUUCUGAGUGCUUUGUGAGAUAAGUCGAACUAAAAUCAGUAUUUUGUUUUCAAUAAAGCAAGUUUCAAUGACAGUGUUAUGGAGAA